ACGGAGCGCGGCCCCCGGUGCCCCGUCGAGCCGAGCGGAGCCGAGCGGAGCGGAACGGAGCAUGGAGGGCCUCUCCCGGGGGGGGCACCGCUGCCCGCCCCUGCCUCUGGCGAUGGGGUUGUGCUGCUGCCUGCUGCUGCCGCCCGCUGCCGGCUCCUGGAGCGUGCAGCCCCGCAGCAAUUGGUGCUCCUACACGGUGACGAGGACGGUGACAUGCCUGGUGCAGAAUGGCACCUCCCUGCAGCGUGUCUUCCAGGGCUGCCGCUGGCCGCCGGGCUGCGGAGGGGGCAGCUAUCGCACCGUCAUCCGGCCCGCGUAUCGAGUGGCCUACAGGACGCUGACGGCGCUGGAGUGGAAGUGCUGCCCUGGGCACAGUGGGGCCAACUGUGAGGAAGAGCCCCACACCUUCCUCGCUCUGCGUGAUGCUGAACGCCCCAGCACCGCCCCACGUCGCUCUCCCCUGCGCCCCACGGCUUUCUCAGGGUGCCUGAACUGCAGCCACAUCGGGGAGCUGUCAGCACGCCUGGCCACCCUCGAGGCACAGGUGGCCCGGCUCUCAGUGGCAGAAGCUCCCACGUCCCCAACACCCAAAGGUGACAGCUUGGGUAGGGGUCCUGAUACCAGGCAGCUCUGGGGGUCCCCAGCUGCACAGGGGAGCCCAGGGGACAAAGGCAGACCUGGUUCACGGAGACCCCCCGGCCCCUCUGGUCCCAAGGGUGAUGCAGGUGGACGGGGACCCUCAGGCAUUCCCGGGGUGAAGGGUCCAUCGGGACCCCCAGGUCCCCCAGGUCCCCCCGGUCCCCCUGGCCACGAUGGAGCCAGGGGUCUCCCUGGAGAGAAGGGGUCACCCGGCCCCCCCGGCCCCCCUGGGCCUCCUGCUCCUGUGGGGCCAGCUGUACCCUGGCUGACUGACCCAAGGGACCCGCUCCUCUCCAACACCUUCACUGAAGCGGCCGGGGGCAUCGUGGGGCCCGCUGGCCCCCCUGGACCCAUGGGGCCAAUGGGACCCCCCGGCCCCCCAGGACCCAUGGGGCUGCCCGGCCCCCCAGGGCCUGAUGGGAGAGCUGGGGCACCUGGAGCUGCCGGACCCAGGGGAGACAAAGGCGACAGGGGCCCCAAGGGAGAGCCAGGCAGCCGUGGGCAGGAUGGGGCACAGGGCGAGCCGGGCCCCAAGGGCGAGCCGGGCGACAAGGGCACAUGGGGGGAGGGUUUACACCAGCUCCGCGAGGCUUUGAAGAUUUUAGCAGAGAGGGUUUUAAUCUUGGAAACAAUGAUUGGGCUCUAUGGCCAGUAGCUUCCAAGCCCUGCUGCGGCAGCAGGCCCGCCUGGAGGUCCUGGCUAGAAGGGUCACCCUCCUGGAAGCCAUCAUCUGGCCAGGUAACCGCAUCGCUGCUUGCUCCCCUCCGCGUCAGCCAGGCACGAUGUCCCCCCCAGCAGUGGGACUGGAGCAAGGGGAGGGACCGAGAGGGACCCCAGAGUCACCCUUAGGAGACAGGGAGAUCAUGGAGCAAGGAGAGCCUGUUGGGCUGAGGAGAUGUCCAAGGAUCAUGGAGGGCCAUGGAGAUGUUCAUGGACCAAGAGAGAUGGUAGAGAACCUCUAUUGCACCAAGGGGACCCUUCCGGGUUGAGGGAAGCCUUGGAGAUGUCCAAGCACCGAGGGGUUGCUCCAAGGAUUGAGGGACCCCCAAGGAACAAGGGAGACCAGGGAGCAACUCUUUGACCAAGGGAGGCCAUGGAGACCCUCUUGGACCAAGGGAGACCUUGGAGAGCCUCAAGGAUCAAAGGAGAACUUGGAGCUCCUCUUGGGUCAAGGGGAGACUCUAGAGUCCCUCUUGGACCAAGGAAGACCAUGAAGAGCCUCUUGAGUUGAGGGAGGCCCUGGAGAUCCCCCAGGGAUCAAGGUUAUUCUCCAAGGGUUG